AUUAAAAAAGCUGAUGCAUGCAUCCUCAAACUGCUAAAAAUGGCACAAAAGUCUUCCCAUGCGCCGCUUAAUCUCUCCACUUUGCCCUAAUUAAUCCCACUCACUAAGAUUUCCAUUAAUUCUUAAUUAUAAACUCCAAACCCUAAAAGCUGAAAGAGAAGUGAUUAAAAAAAAUGCCUCGAGAGCAAAUUAAUUGCACCAACCAAUCUAGUAGUAACUGCUUCUUCUGCAUCAUGAAGGAGCGAGACUCGUCGAUCGGGAAAACGUCGAUCAAAGAGUAUCUAAAAGGAAUAUCCUCUCUCGACGACGACGAUGACGAUGACCUCAUCCUCGUCGUCAGCGAGCUGUGGAAAAUCGCAAUGACUCGACCGGACGACGAGGAUCUCCCCUCCCUCGGAAUAUUCCAAUGCAUGGCGGAUUUGAUCGGCAAAUCGAUUCACGACAAAGAAUGGCUGAUCAAGAAUCAAAACAUCUACAUCCCUUAUUACGCGGCUCAUAUAAUCGGCUCUUACACUAUGAACGAAGCCCGUUUCGCUGCAUUAGCGGUCGAAUCGGGCGUCGUACCUCCACUAAUGGAGCUCUUGAGAGGGGAAAUGAGUUGGGUGGAGCAAAGGGUUGCCGUUAGAGCGCUCGGCCACCUGGCGAGCUACGAAGAAACCUUCGAAGCGGUCGCGGUUUUCGAGGAAGAAGUGGUGGAACUCGCCAUGCGUCUGGCUUCGUCUUGUUUGGAGGAUGUUUACAACGUGUUCGUUGGAAUGCCGAAGAGAAAGAGGGUGGACUAUCACUGUAAUUUGCUUACGCGCGGCGUUGGAGGGGCGGAGAAGGAGAAUCGAAAGGCGGAGGAGUGGGCCCGCCAACUUCAAUGUUGGAGUGUACAUCUUCUCAACUGUUUUGCUGUUAAAGAGAGAUCUCUAGGUCUAAUAUGCAAGAGUCAAGAUUUCCUUAAAGACUUGUCCGAAAUGUGGGGUGGAGUAUUGGUGAACCACACAUCGACCGGAGGAAUCGAGCUUCUUCGAAUUCUUUGCUACGCCAAAAUUGGACGAGCGAACGUCUCGAAAUCCAAACACGUGAUUGAGAAUCUAUGCAGGAUUUCGAGAUCUUCCGACGAUUUGCAAUACAUGGGAAUCGAUUGUCUUUUGUUGCUCCUCAAAGAUCCAGAUACGAGGUACGAGGUUAUCGAAGUUGCCACCUCAUACCUAGUCGAUUUAAUCGAGCUCAAGAAUAUCGGAAAUAGAAAAAACGUCGGUGAAGCAAUCACGAGGGCGCUCGUGUGCGAUUAUAAUUACCAAAACUCGAAAAAAAUCAAGAAUCUUGAUCAUGUAGUUCAAAGAGGGCUUCAAGAAACAUGGGGUUUGAAGAUAGAGAGGAGGAGGAGAGAGAAAGUCAUGACAAGUGAGAAGCUCAUGGGCAAAAGGGUCAUUUCCAAACUCGUAAAGCAACAAGCGAACCGAAAGUUUUCAGCCGGAGAAAUCGAAGAAGCGGCGGCAAAGUACACCGAGUGUUUGGAAAUAUGCCCACUGAGGUAUAGAACUGAAAGAGCUGCAAUGUACAGCAACCGGGCGCGUUGCCAUUUGUUGCUAAACGAUCCCGAUCGCGCAAUUAGCGACGCAACGAGGGCGCUUUGUCUUUCUUGCCCUCCGAAUUCGCAUGCGAACAGCCUGUGGAUAAGAUCACAGGCAUAUGAUAUUAAAGAAAUGGCUAAAGAAAGCUUAAUGGAUUGCUUAAUGUUUCUUAAUGUUUGUACGAAAUCGAAAUCGACAGCGGAUAGUUUUCGUGUGAGGAUUCCUUACUAUGCAGUUCGUAUGAUCGGCAAGCAGAUGGAAUCUACGUGGAUCUUCCGAGAUGCUCGUCUCAAGGCGAAAGAAUCGACCGAAAUUAAUGGUAAAUGGCGCGAAAAAUCCGGUAAGUACUAA